AUGCAAAAUACUUCCACGGAACACAGUGACGAAGACAUCCCGAAUGUCCCGGAAGAAGAAGAGGCAGUAUCAUUGGAAAAAAUCAAUAGACUCCUUCAUGUAUCAGGUGACGCGCUGGUUGCGAAGACCAUCAAAAAGUGCAUACCCCAAGAGAAUUCAAAGUGCAAGACCUUUGUACCAGAAAAUUCAGGGCAGCGAAUCACUCUAUUGGCACCACCUGGAAGUCUGACGGACUUCUUUUCCAAACUAGUGGAAAAGACAAUUCAAGCUGCUGGAAGCAAGACCAAAGAUGGAGUUUCAAUAGAGUGGCUCCCCACAUCACACAUGGCUCCUUAUGGGUAUGGUAAAACGCACGGAUGGACUAAAAUCAUUCGUGUUGUGCCAGAACCGAUCAUGCUUGGUGCAGCCGAUUCUCUGCUGGCUCACUAUCCAGAACCUUCCAUUCCUCCAUUGGAUGAUCUAAAGGCAAGCUUGCGACAAACUAUACGGUACCAUUGCCGACUGAACCAUAUUGCGGCACAUACGUCUCUUUUGACACUAUCAUGGAAUGAAAUUUCAGAAGUAGGAUUGAAGGAGCUAAUAGAAAAGGUUGAAUCCUUUCUCAAUCUAGAACAUGGUGAAGGGAAUAGUCUAGACACGGAAUUGAAUUCGCUAACAUCGGAACGAGAAAAAAAUGUAUCAGAUGUGUCCAACAAGAUCUUCAAGAUGGUGAAUCUUGUGGAUGGGAUUGAUUUUAUGAGCUAUUCUUCGAUUACAAAUGAUGUCAUCAAGGACGAAAUGCAGCUCUCCAAGGAUUUGACGGCAUGGCCUUGCCAAUCCUUUUGGACAGUGGGAGAAGAUGAGACUGACCGACUGAAACUGAGUCCGGCCAUAUCGGACAUUGCCAAAGCCAUCAGUCCCGAUUGCGAGUCCGAGAUGAACGAUUGUUUUGUAAAACGUGAUAAAUGCGAGGCAAAGGGAGAUGGAGAGUGCAAAUAG